UUCAAAGUAUAUUGUGAGAAUGAGGAACUGCACGUGUUCGGUUUGUCACGGAGUUCGUUACACUGUUAAAAAUAUAUUGCAUAUCUUCAAAAUUUAUGGAUGGAUAUUAGAUGCCUACAUUGUUGAUUUUUUUCAAGAAGAUUUAUGGUCCAAGUUGCCAAAAUCAUGGACACAGAUAUUAGAAAAAAUAACGCCAGAAGAAUUGGGGUUAUGGAUACUCAAUGAAUCAAAGAGCCCCAAAGUUUGGCCACUAUCUUUAUUAGCUCUACGUGAGUUAAUUAAAAUCUUAGGAAUUGACCGAAAUCCACUUAGCAAAACUUCUCUGGUAUGUUGCUCAUUAGAGUGGAAUUAUCACUUAAUAGAACACGGUUCAGAUGAAUUUAAUAAAACAAUUACCGAGAAAGAAUUAAUUCAAGGAUGUGAGAACAUUCUUGUGAAGCAUGUUAAAGUUAAAAAACGUUAUGAAAUUGAUAAAUUCUCCGAGAUCUGUGCAAAAUGUGCAUUCCUGUCACAAUGUAAAUGCAUUGUGGAUACUGGAGCAGGAAUGGGACACCUUGCAAGACAAUUGACAUAUAAAUAUAACUUGCCUGUUAUUUGUAUUGAACAAGCUCAGUGCCUAUCAGAUUUAGCUAAAAAAUAUGAUAAUGAAUUUUUAUAUUCAUUAAAAAAAUAUAUACCUAAUCAUUAUUUUCAAUCUUCUCAUCAUUUAUGUGCUAAAAUAGAAAAAGAAAAUUGUUCUUCCCAACUUAUCGAUACACUUGAUGAAAUAUUUACAAACAAAUUUCAAUUAAAAUCAAUAAAUAAUAAGUAUGGUCUAAUUGGACUGCAUCCAUGUGGUGACUUAGCUGCUACAUUAUUGAAGAUUUACAUCAAACAGGAUACAAUAAAGUUUAUUAGUGUUGUUGGAUGUUGUUAUAUGAAACUCACUGUUGACGAUGAUGAUCAUAAUGGGUAUCCAUUAAGUGAAUAUAUUAUAAAUACACCAGAUCAUUCUCUAAAUUAUGCAGCAUUAGAAGUAGCUUGUCAUGCUGUUGAAAACUACUGUGAUAAAAUGAAGAAUGGACAAUAUGAUGAUUUAAAAGUUCAUGCUUACAGGGCCUUGUUAGAGAUGAUUUUGAUAAAUAAAAACGGUAGCUGUAUGAAACAUGGUCGAGUGAAGAAUGUCAAAGUUACAGAUAAAAUGUCUUUUGUAGAGUAUUGUAAAUUAGCGACAUCGAAGUUUAGCUGUGAUAAACGAAUCGUAGAUUCUGAUAUUGAUUCAUUGAAAGUACAAAGUUCUUUAAAAAGAUGGCAUCAAGUUGUUGCAUUUGAAGCUAUCAGGAUGAUGCUCGCACCAUUAGUAGAAACAGUUGUGUUGUUAGAUAGAUUUUUAUUUUUAUCUGAAAAUGGCCUAAAGCCUUUAUUGAAAGCGGAAUUUGAUCCAAGACGAUCGCCCCGAAAUUUUGUAUUAAUCUCUAUCAAAUAGUGAUCUUAAUUUUUAUAGAAAAUUUUAUGAAAUAAAUUUUUUU